UUGCAAUCUGAACGACAGCUCUUUUUCGACGAUUCGAUCUCGACUACUUCCACUUUUCAACACCGGGUCUGCAAACCUGCGACACCUCUCCUCGCUUUCUAUAUCGCUCACAACCGGGCAGGGACAACCCAUCCAUCUCGAUUCAAGAUGCCCUUCAUACACCCUGACUCGCCGAGCGUAGCCUCUCAGAGGAGUUCCAGUCCAGACGAGUUCUUGACGUUCGACGUCGAUCUUAAAAAGGCUAUCGUCAACGGACACCAUCAGGAAGAACCCGAGCCGGUCGGACUCGCUCCUGGUUCAAAUCUGACGAGGGAACGGGCGGGAUCCUCUUCGGGGUCCUCGACGAUACCCAGGACAAAUCAGGGAACGUCGGACGUGUUCGACAGCCCGUCCUCGAACAAGACGACGAAGCAGACCGGAUUGCCACCCAAGCCAUCGACAGUCGUUGCCAAGGAUCACGCCUUUGAAGGUCUCCCUUUCACCGCACCCCCUGCGGCAUCAGCAUCAUCAUCAUCUUCAUCAGCAUCAUCUAAUAACCCCGGCUCCGCCCGACAAUCUCGCAGUAAACCCAUCAAGUCGACGCCGUUGACGAGCAGUACGAGCGUUUUCGCUGCACAGUGCUUGCCCUCGGUCAGGUCGCCGCCCAAGAGACACACCCUCGCCCUCGAACCAGACGAAGUGACCGAUAUCACCGGACUCACUGGAGCCCAAUACACCCCACCCAUCGCAUCGAUCGAUUCGAUGACGGCGGCUUCUAUCAACGGCUCGAACGCGGAUGGCAUCAACCGACUGUCCAACGUUUCUUUCCGCCACAACGACUCGUAUGACCUGAAUGUCAUGAAGAACCGAAGACCGAGGUUGUUUGGCUUCACCGAGAUGGUGCCGGACAGUCCGGAUGAGAGUUCAGCCUCGGCGAGCACGUCGAGGACGGUUUCGAGAGAGGCGAGCCCGACGAGACAGGGCUCGAUGGAGCUUAUUCCGAGGACGAAACGGUUCAACGGGUCGUUGGAAAAGACGAUCAGCACCACGCCUAGAGGAAGGUCACGGAAUACUGAACAGGACGUGGACAAGGUGGACACGACGCCGAUCGGGGCGACCAAGGUGGACACACCGCCGGAAGAGAAGAAGAAGGAUCUAUCGACAAUCGUGCCGAGAAAAGCAGUCGCCGUGGUUGAACCCGCUGCUACCGCUGCGGUCCCGCCUGCGCCUGCCGUUACCCUGACGAGAAAGGCGAGCUUGACGAGAUCACAAUCCGAAGUCGGGCUGCGACAGCUCGCUCCCGUAAAACCUAUCCGGCCCGGUCCUCUCGGUAGCCGAACCUCGGCGCAACGAAACGAAUCGGCGUUGAAGCUCGAUCUGAACGGGAUCCGGGAGACGGCCGAUAGGGGUCUCACCAGUGCACCGCUAUCGAGUCUGAACGGGCCCUAUAGUCCCGCGACGGCUUUGCUGAGGAAGAAAUCGGGCGAGGUGGUCAAGCCGGCUCUCAAGGCUGUCAGCUCGUACGGCGACAUCACUCAGCUCGAUGCGCCUCUGAGUUCCGCUCGAAGCGUACCUACGACACCGGGCGCCCCCAAGUACGUUCAUUUCGACACACAGCUCGAGCGGGUCAAGUUGUUCUUGCACGACCAGAAACCUCUGGUGGUCAGCCGGAACGGUAGUCCGGCCGAUUGCACAACUUCCGAGGGCGAAGAAUACCCGUUCCCACACACCGACGAGGAGGACGAUGGAGAGAGCUUGUUGCAAAUCAAGCUUCCCAACUUUCCUACCGUACAGCCUCACGAUGCCGACAUCUUCCUCGAGUCCAUCUUUCUCGAUGAAGACAGGAAGAACCUCAAGGGGAUCAUACGUGUGCGCAACAUUGCCUUUGAGAAAUGGGUUGCCGUCAGGUUCACUCUGGAUUGGUGGCAGACGACAAAUGAAACGUCGGCUACCUACAAGGAUUCGGUGCAGGGCGGGGCGUUCGAUCGGUUCCAGUUCUCGCUCAAGCUGCAAGACAUGAUGAACAAGAUCGAGGAGAAGAACUUGUUCAUCUGUCUGAGGUACAUGGCUGGAAGUAAAGAAAUCUGGGACAAUAACGGCGGCAGCAAUUACCACGUCACGUUCACGAAGGUACCCAUCAACCGUAGGCCCCAGAUGAUCGCUUCUCGGCCCAGCGCUUCGAACGGUGUCGGCAUGAUCUCGCCAGGUAUGGGCCGGGCUAUCGGUGGACGAACGUCGCAAUGGGAUCUGGCAGGGAAGCGACAGGACAGGAUGGCCGAUCUGAAGAUGCAUCUGGAUAGGCUCUCGGCCGGGGAUGAAGGGCCCAAGGUGGGAGGGGCGCGUUUCAGCAACGGUGUUAGGUCUUCGCCCUCCCGCCAGUCGGACCGUCUGCCCAGCCCCCGACUUCGUGAUGGCGGACCCAGUAGUCCUCAACCUAUGUUCUCGCCUUUGGCGGGACGGUACGACUUUGGCGCUUCCCUGAGCAAUGCCAGGGGCGGCAAAUCCAGGUCGCCCAGCGGUCGACACGCCGAAUUGCCCGGUUCUCCUGGUGGAAUCAAGUUCGCUUCCAACGCCGCAACUGGGCCUAGCAUGGAGUUCUAUUCGCCCCAGCUGUCCAACGUCGAUCUGCCCUCGCUGGUCCGACCGGAAAUGCCCUCGUCUGCCGCUUCGGACCGAACCGUCACCCAAUCCAGUCUCCACCUAGACACCCUGCCUCCUCCCGUCCUUCAGGUGCAAGAACCAUCACCUCCCGUCGACUACUUUAGCUCGAUGGCUCCGGCUCAGACUGCCGGUCCCAAGCGCAAAAACACUGGCGUGCCGCAUACUGGACUCCCCAGGCAAUACAGCGAGCCACCCUUCCCUGUCAACGGACUCCGCUUUUACGAUACCUCAUUCGAUGACAACGGGGCCGAGGCUGACGACAAUGCGCUGGGUUUGAGGGGUGAUAAUGCCAUGGAGGGUUCGCCACCAUCGAUGGCCAGCUCGGUUGAUUCGAGUGCAUCGGAUUCUCCGAACAGCCCAGUUGAUCGCGAUCUGCCCGCGCAUCGAUCGUCUAGCGUUGACGAUAUCGCAAACAUGUCGUACAAGACGAUUCUCGAACAAUUUUGUUGGGCUGGAGACGAAAAGACUGCGUCUCCAUUCGGACAUCUCGAGGAACGUCGAACCCAUUCAACUAGCGAUGUCAACAAAUACCUUGUCAAUCACUUCGAAACAAUCCAACCGGAACAGCCCGUGGCCGAGACCAAACCGGUUUCCCGUUUCUCGGGCAAUGCCCAGAACAUUUUCAAACCCAGGAAGAGAACGACUCCUCCAGGAUCGAAGAGAAACAGUCCACCUGGGUCUGUCAAGAAGAGUACUGUCCGAUUGGCGGCAGUUUAAGCUUGUUAUAGAUGCGAAGAUCUCGGAAUUACGUGGCACGACACGAGGCGCCUAAAGGAAGGAAAAUAAUUGCCUUGCUUGCUUGGUGCUAGCUCACAUUCUCAAUCAAUGUAAACCUGUCUACUGUAUCGAAUAUAUCGCAUUACGUGUAGUUCUCAAUCCACUCCCGAUACGAUCUAGCAACAAACCGUUCGGCG